ACCACCACUAAAAAAGCGGUCACGAAGUGCGUAUGAAACAAAACAACUCACAAACAAAACAUGCAUUAAUAAGCAAAUUAAAAACGCAAAGUUGAAGUAAAGAGCAAUAAGCGUCAGCAUCAAGUUCAAGGGCAGCAGGAAGUAGAAGUGAAGGGCAAACAGACAGAAUGGCCAGCGGCUCACGGGCAAUAUUGCCACAGUCAAAGGAGGCGCUGCUCAAAUCGUAUAAUGCGCGCCUCAAAGACGACGUGCGCAGCAUGUUGGAGAAUUUCGAAGAAAUACUCAAGCUGGCCAGACGAGAGAGUCAUAGUCAAAUAUCAAAGAUAACCCAAUGCGAACAGGAUGCUCUGGAAAUGCAAGUGCGGGCAGCCAAUAUGGUGCGAGCUGGCGAAUCGUUAAUGAAACUGGUCGCGGACUUAAAGCAAUAUCUGAUACUGAAUGAUUUCCAUUCGGUGAACGAGGCAAUCACAAAUAAUUCGCAACUAUUUCGCGCCACACAAAUCGAAUGCGAUAAGAAACUGAUGAAGCUACGGGAUGAGAUGGCCAUGGAUCUCUACGAUCUGGAAGAGGAGUACUACACAAGCAUAUUUAAAUAA